CCCAAUCCCAAAAAUUUCCCAUAAUUUCAAGUAGUUUUUCAUUUUCUUAGCUAUAAAUCUCUCAAUUCAACCCCAAAUUAGGUUUUCCAAUUCCAAACCUCACUUCUCUCCUCCCAAUCAAGCUUCAUUUAUGGCGAAUAAGAAACUAUAAAUUUAGUGAUGGAUUUGGAGGGUGAGUGUUCAGUUCUUGAAUCUGUGGAGGACAAUGAAGUAAUAAUAAGCCCUGAAAGAUUGGCAAGUGUUGAUGUAAACAAGGUUGAAAAUAAUGGGUCGUGGAAUGGUGAAAAUGGUGGUGAUGAUGAUAAGGAUGUUGGAGUUACUGAGUCGGUGAGUUCACCUCCCUUGACCGGUAAGUCUCCGGUCGGUUCUGUGGGAUCGUCACCACCGGCGAUGACAAAAGGGUAUGGGCUUAAGAAAUGGAGGCGAAUUAAGAGGGAAUUUAAUAAGGAUGGGAGUAGUAGUGCAGAUACUGGUAAGAUUUUAAAGCGGGGUUUGUCAACACCAGCGAUGAAUUCAAGUAAACCUCAGGGUUCGUCUGUUGAGACGAGGCAAAAGAGCAAUGGAUCUGUAUCAUCCACAAAUGCAAUGUUGAAAAGUAUGGGUGUUGGUGCGGAUGGUUUUUCCUUACAUGGAUUCAAUUUGGAUUCUAGGUUGGCAGUUGGACUUGAUUUUUCUGCUGGGACUGAUUCUGAGAACAGUGAGGAUCGGAGUAGCAAGUCUUCUACGGCAGCCAGUGUUCCAAAGUCAAGGCAUGAAGUGCAAUCAAUGGAGGGAAAUGCACGCGAUAAGAACAGGAUGAAGACUUUGGGCGUGAAAACUUUGGUUAAUUCCAGUCGGAUUGAGACCAGUAAGAAGGCUAGAGGAGAACGGGUCAAAAUCGAGAAGGAAAACUCUCAUUCCAGCAUGGAAUCUGACUCGCGAAGCUCCAACUUUGUCUUUAUGCAGGGCACCAAUAAUAUGGUGACUAGUAAUGGGAGACAAAGUGGAAGGUCAAUGAAUUACGAUGGAGAAAACAGUGAUGAAGCUCAGGGUGGUGAACAAAACUUGGGGGAGGAACUUCUAAGCAAAGAAAAUUUGGGAGAAUUUGAAGAUCAAUCUCAAGAAGAUUUAGCUGCUGACUUGACUUGGGAGGUUAAAGAAGAAAAAGUUGAGCACCAUAGGUCAUCAACAGAUCGAGAUCCUCUAGUUGAGUGUAUCUACACACUGCAGUCUGCACAGGAAGAACUUGAAAAAGAAAUUCAGAAACUAAGGGAGAUAGGGACUGAAUAUAUUUCAGUUUUUGACAGUUCAACCCAGGAGAGGAGUUUACCUACUGAGUUCGCUUCUGUUGAUUCAAAAAUCAUCAAAGCAAGCUCAGCUGACCUGUUGGACUCCGGAGAUAUUACUCGAAGUGCUGAGUUGGAAAGCCAGUUAGUAACCCUAAAACAGAACAUAAAUCUUUUGGAAAACAAGCUUGAAGAGGCAAACACUGUGCUCAAAGCAAAGGAAGCCAAGGUCACCGAACUUGAACACGCUCUAAAUAGUACUGAGUUGCCAAGGGAAGAAAUGGAGGCCGAGCUCGAGACUCUUUUCGAGCAAAAGAUUGAAGCCGAGGUUGAAUAUUUGGCAAUAUCAAGAACAAUCCAAAAGUUGAGAGUUGCUGCGGUGGAUGAACAAAAGACUCUAGUUUCAGAGCAAGCUCAGACAUUGAACGAGCUUGGAGAUGCAAAAAGAAAGGCUGCGAUGCUGAAGAGACUGGCUGAGAAGUUGGAGACUUCUUGUGAAGAUAUUGUAGAGACUGAUCAGGUUCUAACGCUGCAGAAUCGGGUAUGUAAGGUUAGUUCUUUCUUUUUCGUGCAAUUGAUACUGCUAGUUGUAGUGUUUGUGUUUCUCUUGUUGCAGUUAGCUCCCCAGUAUGCCGGGGUUGUACCCACCUGAUUUUUAGGACAGUUGUGUCUUUUUGUAAUAUUCUGUCUCUGUAAGAAAAUGUUUGAAAUGUUAUGUCAAUUUACUUCUUUUAAUAGCUGAUAGAGAUAGAUCAGACAUACCAGUUUUCCAAA